UUGAAUAAACAAAACUAUGUUAUGGUGGGGUUGGUUGGGCGGGUUCACAAAUACCCUCCAUGUGGUUGCAAAGCAACGGUUCAAAUUCAACCCUCCCCCUGAACCCCAUCCAAGCAAACCCUUGACCUUUGAGGGUAUGCAGUGUAGUUGAUAGGGUAGAUACUGCCAAGUCAUCUCAAGGACCAGUGGCGGCCAAAUCUCUGUGUUACUACUAUUUAAAAACCAAAAUGCAUGAGAGAGAGGGAGCAAAGAGAGCCUAAGCUAGGCCAUCACCAGUACCACCACCACCAAGCAUUGCACUUACUCUCACAGCCACCACUAACACCAACACUCUCAGCUGAUAACUGUUCACCAUACAAAUCCAUCUUCUACUAAGAUUUUACGUGCAGGCCUUUUGAUUCUCUUUUGUAAUCUAUGCUCUCCGUCCUUUUCUUUGGAUCAAACAUUUAUGGGUUUCAAUGUCCUGGUGUGAAACUUAAGCAUCCUCACAUGUAUGUUGUCUCCUAAAGUGGACUUUCUCCUUCACCAUCACUGUCACACACCAUUGACAUAAACCCCCCAUUGAUUCAAUCAAAAACCUCCCAUUCUUUCAUGACUACUCGAAUGGAGAAACCCAUUACCUCCCAAGUGUCAUUCUUUUUAACAACACUAGCUGUUGUUGUUGUGGUGAACUCUCUAUCUCCAGAUGGGGAAGCCCUUCUUUCUCUUCUCUCUGCAGCUGAACCUUCUUCCUCAAUCCUCUCCUCAUGGAAUCCAUCAAACCCAACACCAUGUUCAUGGAAAGGCAUCACUUGCUCCCCACAAAACAGGGUAAUCUCUCUGUCGCUCCCAAACAAUUUCCUCAAUCUCUCCUCUCUCCCUCCACAACUCUCCUCUCUCUCUUCCUUGCAACUCCUCAAUCUAUCCUCCACCAAUGUCUCUGGCAACAUUCCUCCUUCAUUUGGACAACUAACCCAUCUUCGCCUCCUCGAUUUGUCCUCCAACUCUCUCUCUGGUCCCAUCCCUCAAGAGCUUGGAAACCUCUCUUCACUCCAAUUUCUUUACCUGAACUCUAAUAAGUUUUCUGGUAGAAUACCCCCACAACUUGCCAAUCUUACUUCACUUCAAGUUCUUUGUCUGCAAGACAAUGUGAUUAAUGGUUCAAUACCUUCACAACUGGGUUCUCUGGUCUCCCUGCAACAACUUAGGGUUGGGGGAAACCCUUAUCUGACUGGAGAGCUACCAUCACAAUUGGGAUUACUUGCUAAUCUCACAACAUUUGGAGCCGCGGCCACGGGUCUUUCGGGAGUGAUACCGCCUACAAUUGGUAACUUGGUUAAUCUGCAAACACUGGCAAUUUAUGAUACUGAAAUAUUUGACUUAAUACCUCCUGAGCUUGGGUUGUGUUUAGAGUUGAGUAAUUUGUAUUUGCACAUGAACAAGCUCACUGGUUCAAUCCCUCCUGAAUUGGGUAAACUGCAAAAGCUUACUAGUUUACUUUUAUGGGGGAAUGAGCUCUCAGGGCCAAUCCCGCCCAAGCUUUCGAAUUGUUCAUCACUUGUUGUGCUUGAUGUGUCUGCUAACAAUCUCUCUGGUGAAAUACCUGGUGACUUGGGAAAACUAGUAGAACUUGAACAGCUUCACUUGUCCGAUAACUCGUUUACGGGUAGGAUUCCGUGGCAGUUGAGUGAGUGUAGUAGCCUAACUACUCUUCAACUUGAUAAGAAUCAAUUUUCAGGCUCAAUCCCAUGGGAGGUUGGAAAAUUGAAAUAUUUGCAGAGUUUAUUCUUGUGGGGUAAUUCAGUGUCCGGAACUAUACCAGCAUCGUUUGGCAACUGCACUGAGCUAUACGCGCUUGAUCUUUCGAGGAACAAGCUCACGGGUUCAAUCCCAGAAGAGAUUUUCAGUUUGAAGAAACUCAGCAAGCUGUUGCUACUUGGGAACUCAUUAUCAGGAGGCCUACCGCGAAGUGUUGCGAAUUGUGAGUCACUGGUAAGGUUGAGGCUUGGGGAAAACCAGCUUUCUGGGAAGAUACCUAAGGAGAUAGGCCAAUUGCAGAACCUUGUUUUUCUAGACUUGUACAUGAACCAUUUCUCGGGCAGUCUUCCUUUGGAAAUUGCAAAUAUCACAGUUCUCGAGCUAUUGGACGUGCACAAUAACUAUAUAACUGGACAGAUACCAUCUCAGUUGGGGGAGCUAGUGAACUUGGAGCAGCUUGAUCUCAGCCGAAACAGUUUUACUGGACAAAUUCCUUGGAGCUUUGGGAACUUGAGCUAUUUGAACAAGCUCAUUCUCAACAACAAUCUGUUGACAGGCACGAUUCCAAAAUCGUUUCGGAACUUGCAGAAGCUAACACUGCUUGAUUUGAGUUAUAACAGCCUCUCUGGUCCAAUCCCACCUGAAAUUGGUUAUGUGACGAGCUUGACAAUUAGUUUGGACUUGAGCUUCAAUGGGUUCACUGGACAACUCCCAAAGACAAUGUCUAGUUUGACACAAUUACAAUCCCUGGACCUUUCACACAAUAUGCUUUAUGGUAGAAUUGAAGUUCUUGGCUCACUCACUAGUCUUGCUUCUCUGAAUGUCUCUUACAAUAACUUUUCAGGCCCGAUCCCUGUAACGCCAUUCUUUCGUACAGUAACUUCGACUUCAUACCUUCAGAAUACAAAUCUUUGUGAAUCCACUGAUGGGUCUACUUGCUCUUCGAAGCUGGCUAGGAAAAACGGAUUAAAAUCUGCCGGGACCGUAGCAUUGAUUUCGGUGAUUUUGGCCUCAUUGACCAUAGCAGUUCUGGUUUCAUGGACUGUCAUUAUGCGGAACCACAGGCAUAUGGUGGAGAAAUCUUCAGCUAAGUCGUCCUUGUCCUCAGCAUCGGGGGUUGAAGAUUUCUCUUAUCCGUGGACUUUCAUUCCGUUUCAAAAGCUCAACUUGACCAUUGAUAACAUCUUGGAGUGCCUGAAAGACGAAAACGUGAUAGGCAAAGGCUGUUCUGGGGUUGUCUACAAGGUGGAAACACCUAAUGGGGAGUUAAUAGCAGUGAAGAAGCUCUGGAAAAUGACACGAGACGAAGAGCCAGUGGACUCCUUCGCUGCAGAAAUCCAAAUUCUCGGACACAUCAGGCACCGGAAUAUUGUGAAGCUCCUCGGCUAUUGUUCUAAUAAAAGUGUGAAGCUCCUUCUGUACAACUACAUUUCCAACGGUAAUCUCCAGCAGCUCUUGCAAAGCAACAGGAAUUUGGAUUGGGAAACUAGGUACAAGAUUGCCGUUGGAUCGGCUCAAGGUCUGGCUUACCUUCAUCAUGAUUGUGUGCCUGCAAUUCUUCACAGAGAUGUCAAGUGCAAUAACAUACUUCUAGAUUCCAUGCACGAGGCCUAUUUGGCAGAUUUCGGUCUUGCCAAACUGAUGAACUCUCAAAAUUAUCAUCAUGCAAUGUCCAGAGUAGCCGGAUCUUACGGAUAUAUUGCCCCAGAGUAUGGAUACACCAUGAACAUAACAGAAAAGAGCGAUGUUUACAGCUACGGAGUAGUUCUACUGGAGAUAUUAAGUGGUCGUAGCGCUGUUGAGUCCCGGCUAGGGGAUGGGCUGCACAUAGUUGAGUGGGUGAAGAGGAAAAUGAGGAGUUUUGAGCCUGCUGUAUCAAUAUUGGAUGGAAAGCUUCAAGGUUUGCCGGAUCAAAUGGUGCAAGAGAUGCUUCAAACACUUGGGAUUGCCAUGUUUUGUGUUAACUCUUCACCGGCGGAGCGACCCAGCAUGAAAGAAGUGGUGGCACUGUUGAUGGAGGUUAAGAGCACACCAGAAGAAUGGGGAAAGACUUCUCAACCACUAAUAAAACAGUCUUCCAAUCAGAGUUAGGACUUUGUUUUUUAAAAUACUCCAGCAUAAAGAUCAGUGAUUGUUUUCCUUUUCUGACCUCAGAAUGGAUGAAGGUGUUGUUGCUGGGUGUUGGAUUUGUUGUACAGUAGUAGAGACAGCAACUUGGUUGAUUUAUUUCAAGUUUCUUUUAGUAUGGUUCUCUCUCUCUUGAACUUUUAAUUCCAGGUCUAGCAUUGCACUAUUAUUCAUACAAGAUUCCUCCAAAUUAUGGCCCAAUGUUUUCUUGGAAUAAUUUAUACAAAUAGAGUGCCCAGGCUCUGCUGUAAUUAAUGUGUUUUGAGGCUCAAAAUUUUUUUUAAAAAAAAAUCAUAAUUGUGUAGUAUUUAACUUAAUGAAUCCAACCAUGUGUUUUUUGUCCGAAAUAAAAAUCAAAUUCAACAUAAGAAAUGCAUAACAAUUUUGGAAUAUUGGAUAUAAACCCAAAAUAUUCUAUACAUUUUCCUUGUUGAAUUUGAUUUUUGAUUCAAACAAAAAAUGUAUGUUAUAUUUAUAAAACCGAUCAAAAUACAAAUAUGAUUUUUGAAAAAAAAAAAACACUCCAAAAUGGGGUUACAGCAGAGC